AGCUGCACCUCUGAUACAAGCAAGGCCAGGAGCCUGCUGCUGGCCCUCAGCCAUGAUAAGAAGAGGCUUCCAAGUGGCAGCAAGACUUGGCCACCAAAGAACUCUUUCCAAGAUACCCCAUCUCUUGCCUAGACUCAACAUGGCCUCAGCAUCUGGAUCCCCAACAGACUCCCUGGUCUCAAGAUUCUGUCUAGAGAAGACAGACUUGAAGGAUUAUGCCCUUCCCAAUGGCAGCUGGGGUCCAGAAAUGUUGAGCCUAUACCAAGAGUUUCUGGAGAAGACCAAAUCGGGCAGUUGGGUAAAAAUGCCCUCCUUCAAGUCUAACAGAGAACACAUUCAAGGGCUCAAACUGCCAUUCGAGUUGGGAGUUACCUCAGACAAAAGUGACGGGCGCAUCUUCACCAGGUGCAUCCAGGCAGAAGGACAAGGCUACGAGUAUGUUAUCUUUUUCCAACCAUCCAAGAAGAAGUCAGUCUGUCUUUUCCAACCAGGCCCCUACUUGGAGGGGCCUCCAGGGUUUGCCCAUGGAGGAUCUCUGGCAGCCAUUAUAGAUGAGACCUUUUCUAAAACUGCCUACCUGGCUGGAGAGGGGCUGUUCACACUAAGCCUAAACAUCAGGUUCAAAAACUUGAUCCCUGUGGGCUCACUGGCUGUCCUGGAUGUCCAAGUGGAAAAGAUUGAAGAUCAGAAGCUUUACAUGUCUUGUGUUGCCCAAAGCAGAGACCAGCAGACAGUCUAUGCCAAAUCCUCAGGUGUUUUCCUUCAACUGCAAUUGGAGGAAGAGUCACUGCAGUAGCAGUCAUUGUGUCCUCAGUAGCGAUGACCCUGAUGGCCCUUCCAACCUGGUACUAACCACACAGCAGGCAGGGUUCCCCAGGAAGCAGAUGGCA